UGUCAGCAGGGCUUGGUCAUUCAGAGGCAGCGCUUUAUGAAUCCGUGCAGUGGCGAAACACAACCCCACACAUCAGCUCUUUUUUUAUCAUAGCUGUGGGGUUCCAAAGGGAGGCAAGUCAGGCAACCUUCAAACCAGGAUCAGUUACACUGCCAUAGAAAAAAAAAGGGUGGGAGAGGGGGAAAGAGACAGAGGGAGAGAGGUAAAAACCAAACCUGGCUGUGUAAAACCAGCACUGCAGGACGGUGACGGGAAGAAGACGAGGAGCAUUUAGGGAACAGCAAGUUAUUAAGGAGUAAGGGAGUCCCACCUCCACAGGAGGGAGGUCAGUGUUUACUCUACCCUCCGUGACCGCUGAGGAGCAUCUAGGCCUUACAGAAAACAAUAACUACAUCAUGUGGACAGUCACUCAUGUGCCUGAGGAAAGCUCCAGACCACUGAAUCCCGCGCCGGCCGUUCUGCGACCAGGCCGACACAGAAAGCCUAUGACGGCUCAAAAGGCUCAGAAAGACAAGGCGUCUAAGACGAAGAAAGUGUUGCUGACUGUCCUGAUAGUUGUUGUGCUACUUGGCAUACUAAUCACCGCGGGAUACUUCAUCAAGCAGCUGAUCGAAAGCAAAUACUACUUCUGUGCGCGCUCAGUGAAGUUCAUCCCAUUAGACAAAGCCUGUGAUGGGAACAAUGACUGUGCUGGCGGAGAAGAUGAAACUACUUGUGUGGCAAACUUUACAGUCAACACCACGUUUCCAGUGCGUCUAACCUCGGAUCAGCAUGUCCUACAAGUGUACAAUCCAAGCUCAGGCUGGCGGAGUGUGUGCAGUGACAGCUGGACCCAACAGCACACUCAGACAGCAUGUAAUCAACUGGGAUACACAAAAAAUCCCAGUAGCACCAGUGUCUCAGUGGACACCUUAAUAUCUGUUCUAAAAACUGGACCAUUCACAGCAGUCAGGCCUGAUUCUACAAGCUUGCCGUUACAUCAGGCCACCAUUGACCGCACAGCAUGCAAAACUGGCUCUGUGGUAUCUUUGUCCUGUUCGGACUGUGGAAACGCAGGUUCUCAGGACCGUAUUGUUGGGGGUACAGACGCUAGCAUUGAGGACUGGCCCUGGCAGGUCAGCCUGCAGCAAGGUGGACAUCAUACUUGUGGAGGCACAUUGGUGUCACCGCGUUGGGUAGUCAGUGCUGCUCACUGCUUUACUGGUGGCAAAAAGGCGCUGAGUCGAUGGAGAGUGGUGUCAGGCAAGACAUACAUGGGCACCCUGGGAGGUUCCUAUGUGGACAGGGUGAUAGUGAAUGGAAACUAUGAUCCAGCACGAAACGACUACGACAUAGCGCUGAUGAGACUGAGCAGUCCAGUCUCGUUGGGAGAGACCCGCCUGCCAGCUUGCCUACCUCCCAAAAACCUCGCUCUUGCAGACGGGGAUCCCAUGGUUGUGACAGGGUGGGGAUACCUGGAGGAACAUGGCCAAGUGUCUCCUUCGCUGCAGAAGGCACAUAUCCCUCUGAUAGGUCAAAAGUCUUGUUCCAGUCCUGCCGUCUAUGGUGCCGCCAUAACGCAAAGGAUGAUCUGUGCGGGUUACCUGGAGGGGAAAGUGGAUGCCUGCCAGGGGGACAGUGGAGGACCUUUGGUGCACUCCACCUCCUCUAGGUGGAAUCUGGUUGGAGUGGUGAGCUGGGGAGUCGGCUGUGCGCGGGCGGGAAGGCCAGGAGUCUACUCCAAUGUGGAGGAGUUGCUUAACUGGAUUUAUACAGUCAUUGAGAAAAACCCCUGAUAACACCGAGUUCAAGGAACAGCCAGCACCUCUGUCAGACUGUGAAACUAAAAUAAAGUUUUAGUUUCUGUGUGGUUGUCUGAAGAGAAGAAGAGCAACCGAAAAGCGGAAGUCAAAGGCGUAUCUCAAUAUCCAAACAAAGUGUCAAACAGUCAUAUGCAUAAACACACUGCACACAUGAGCAUACAGACAUUUCAUACAUAUAUACAUACAACAUAUUUCAGGUGACGUUUGUGCCAUUUCAGAUUCUUUCCUCAGGGGACACGUAUAUUUAUGUAGCUGUCUGCCACUGGCCAGACUGGCCAGACCUCAGACAUAAUGUACUUGAUUACUAUCUGAUGUGAGUGGUGGGUGUGCGUUGCGUUACACGGGAUCAUAUGGUUAACUGUUAUGUGAUGAAGGGUGAGAGACCUCUGUGAUCGGGAGCCGGCGUGAAGCCUCAGGUUAAAUUCAAUAAUAUUGUAAAAUACAUUUAUGGUGCUGAUCCAGGUGAUCUGAUGUGUCUCCAUACUGAAGGGCAAAUGCACCUUUUUACAGCACCAUCGGUGCACCUGCCUCCUACCACAAAAUGAUACACACGAGCACUUUAAGAGGGAAGUGAGAAUUACUUGACUUCACUGUGUGUGCAGAUAAUUCAAGUGAUAAAAUAAUGCACUGAAGGAGAAAAAAAAUCCUAUUACAUUGUCAAGCUGUGACACCACACUGAGCUUAAAAGUGCUAUUGCAUAUCUUGUGUUGUGGUGAAUUGUGGUUACUGAAAUUGAACUUUCCCAGCUAAACAACAAUUACAUGGAUUUUCCCUUCAAGUUUAAUAUUGAGCAACGGCAAGUAUUUUUGUCAGAGCUAUAGAAAUUAAGAAAUUAGUGCAUUCAGCCAAAAAUCUGUUAUCUUUCAAGCUGUAGAAAAGUGAAACAACCAAUAAGCCUGUUUGUUUAAGUUUACAUUUGUAUUAUAUAAAGUAUAUUAUAAAAUAGAUGGACAUAAGUAAGAGUGCCACAGUGGCCAAGAGCAUUUGACUGUAAAUAUGGUACGUUUCCUUCAUUUCUGUGUCUGUAAAUACUUUGUAAAUAUAAUAAAAGCCUCAUGGUUUAACUUGUGAACUGGAA